UACCGCAUGCCAUACAUCCGGUGGAUAUGGUAUUCACCGCACACUGCCAUAUCAACUCCACCGCACCAUAAGAUGGAGUCGCACCGAUCGGUCAGUACACAACGCCCUUCACUUGGCUCGGAAUCUAUUGGUUCCAAAGAUACUUGGGGAGCUGCAAUUUGUAUACUGAUAUAUAGAAUAUCAAACUGAUUUAAUAAUAUUUAAGCCAAUAAAUCCCACAAAAUUGUAACUUUUAUUUUCUCCAGCCAUCCUACCAUGAAAAUGUCUGGAACAAUAAAAAAAAAACAAAAAGAAACCACCGACUCAAUCAUGUUGAGCAAGAAUCUUUCCACCUUCUUCGAAAUCUCUUUUUCCCUCUUUCGAUUUCAAAAUUACCAACCCUAAACCCUAGAUAAACUUUCCCCUUUCUCAUCGUUCAAUCAUUAUCCCUGGUAAUGGCUCACCUUCUAUCAGACCAGGUCAAGCAAUUGAAAGACAUUUUCUCUCGAUUUGACAUGAAUUCCGAUGGCAGCCUCACUCAGCUCGAGCUCGCCGCCCUCCUCAGAUCCAUUGGUCUCAAGCCGCAAGGUGACCAGAUCCAUUCCUUGUUAUCCAACAUCGAUUCAAAUGGAAACGGAUCAGUUGAGUUCGAGGAAUUAUUGAAUGCGAUUUUGCCCGAUUUGAAUGAGGAAGUCCUGAUCAAUCACGACCAACUCAUGGAGGUUUUCCGAUCGUUUGACAAAGAUGGCAACGGAUACAUCACGGCGGCGGAACUAGCUGGUCAAAUGGCUAAAAUGGGUCAACCGCUGUCGUACAAAGAACUCACGGAGAUGAUGCGUGAAGCCGAUGCUAAUGGUGACGGCGUUAUCAGUUUCAAUGAAUUCACGACCAUUUUGGGCAAAUCGGCGUCGGACUUCUUUGGCGUCACGGCGGCGUAGGUGUCCAAAUCAAGUCGUUGUCACGGCAGUUGACAAUUAAUGUGAAAUGGGUUUGACUAGUUCUCGUAGACUCCUUCUUUUUUAAUAUUUUUUUAUUUAUCGUAGGAGAUAAAGAAAAAUAUAUUUAUAUAUUUUUUAAUUACAUAUUUGAAAACUAAUUAUCAGUUGCAUGUUAUUAUUUAA